AUGGCAGAAAACAUCAAGGGCGCCCUGGACCUAACCCGCCAGGAGGCAAUGGCCAUCGCUGCCCUCGCUACAGCAGGAAUCUACAACGCCGUCGAAAUCUACGUCCUCAUCUUCAGCACCUUCCGCCAGCGCCGCGGCCGCUACUUCUGGAGCAUGGUCGUCGCCAACACCGGCAUCUUCGUCCACGCCAUCGUCUCACUGAUCCGCUACCUUCGGCGCGGUGGUACCGUCGUUCCCGGCGCCUUCGCGUUGCUAGCUUGGUGCGCUAUGGUAACGGGCCAGUCCGUGGUGCUGUGGUCACGGCUGCAUCUUGUCGUGUAUAAUCGCACGUCGAUACGCCUCGUGCUCGCCAUGAUCGUCGCCAACGGGUGCGCGAUACAUAUUCCCAUGGCGGUGUUGUGGGUUUUAUGCUGGGCGACGCCGACUGGGGAGCAGGCCGGUUGGGUUGAGAAGUACGGGGUGUAUGAAAAGGUGUCAAUUGUGGUGUUUACGCUGCAGGAGACGUUCAUCACGGGGAUCUUUGCGCGGCAAGGGUUUUUCAAUCUGAAGCCGCUCUUUGCAUUCAAGACGAGGGCGGCCAAGUUGAUAUCAUGGUAUCUGCUUGGUCUAUUCGUCCUCGUCUUUUUACUGGAUGUCGGGCUUAUUGUGCUCGAGUACACCAACAACUUUGUGUUCCAGACGACGAGCAAGCCCCUGGUCUACAGCAUCAAGCUCAAGGUUGAGUUCACGGUGCUCAACAAGCUGCUCGCCUUCACCAAGAUGAACCCGUGCGACUGCCACCACUUGGACGAUACGCCGGGCGGCUAUACAAAGGGUCUGAUCACGCAGGACACUACAGGCACGACCAAGGGCUUGACGCAAGCGCAGAGGGAGAUGAUGAUGCAAGGUGGAGGACCGAUGGUGUCGCCCGGACCGGAUCGGCCGGAUCACAUAUUCGACGGUACCAGGCCGGUGUCAGUGGAGGAGAGGACGUGA